AUGGGUGGUGCUGCUGUUUGCCUCUUGACCCGGAACCCCACUCGGAGGACACAGGAUAUCGAUUUAGUGAUCCAUGUGGAUCAGCGCCAAAUUACAGCGAACCAACUGAGUCCCCCGCUUCUCACAACAUUUCCAUCCGAUUUCAGUCCAGUCAACCAGUUUGGGCAUAUAACUCCGGCGUACAGAUUCCACGUGCCGGGGGGCGAAGAGCAAUUGGUGCAACUUGAGAUAUUUGAUUAUCAAAGCUGGUCACACCGGCCUCAGUAUGAUCUCCGGACUGCUAGCCGAUGUACAUUAACUGUCAAUGGAUACCCAGUCAAGGUAUUCAGUCCUGAAUGGGUUCUACGUGAGAAGAUCUUGUCACAGCAUCAGCGGACGGGCAUAAAAGCACUGAGCGAUUAUGGUGACGUGAGCUCUUUGAUCAUCUUUAGUGCAACUGGCAAGCCGGAACUUGACUUUACAUAUAAUGAAGAGUUGAGAGCUGCAUUGGCAGACCUACUGAAAAAGCGACCAGAAUUACAACAGGCCCUUAAGCGAAAGAUCAAGUGCCCAGGGCUGUUUGACAACUGGUAA